CAAUAUCACGCUUGCCAUCGUCUUUGACAUGUCCCAGAGCACUGAUAGCUGGAUAGCUGGAUAGCUGGAUAGCUGGAUAAACUGUAUUGGUCCAACUGGACGGUUGGAAUAUCAUUUUAUUCGUUCAGCAUUGGAAAUGAAAUUUCGUACGUGCUUCGUACGCGAUUGGAUGGAGUCGUCACGAUGCUGUCCCUGACCAAAGGGGGGGGGGGCGCGAGUCAAGACGAUGUGUGAAGAGAAGAAAGAGUGAUCGCUGAACACCGCAAGUACACAAAGAAAGCCGACAAUACACAGCAACAACGGACAGUGCUGAAGAAGCAUCAAAGACAGGAUGGGUGGUAACGACCGGUGGAUCGCCUGCUUGGCGUGGCUAAUCUUUGCCUUCAUCAGCAUCUCAUCUCAAGUCUUCAUCUUCUGGCCCUGGCUCUUUGGGCCGUUGCCAACCUCUGCACCCUCUUUGAAUUCAAUUGAGUCUCUGGACUCUAUAACCAAUGCCAUGGACUAUGACAUGAAAAACAGUGGUGAAGGACUCGCUCUCGGAUACCUGUCAACCAUGUGGAGUAACCUCAAUGUCCAGGCACUACUGUACUUAGUCCCGUUCAACUUUUCACUGGUCAUGCUUUGUUGGAACUAUUAUCUGGCCAUGGUGACCGACCCAGGUUCGCCUCCGCUGAAUUGGAACCCACCAAUGGAUGGAUCGGGUGUCGAGUACAAGCGGACAACUCAUACUCCACGUUACUGCCGCACUUGCGAUACAUACAAACCCGCGCGGACGCAUCAUUGCAGGACGUGCAAGAGGUGCAUUCUCAAGAUGGAUCAUCAUUGUCCUUGGAUCCGGAAUUGCGUUGGAUAUUUCAACUACGGCCAUUUUGUGCGAUUCAUUAUCUGGACUACGAUCUCAACUUUCAUGUGCGCCGCCCUUAUUAUUCUUCGGUGCUUGGAAGCAUAUGAGAACGAGCAACUAGGCAUCAAUCGUCAAAGUGCGCCAACACAAGAGCAGAUUCUCCUUAUCAUUGUGGAUCUAUGUCUCGAUGGCACGGUCCUAUUCGGCAUCAGUAUCCUGGCAACAUACCACAUCUGGUGCAUCUCCAGCAAUACAACAACGAUUGAAAGUUGGGAAAAGGAUCGUGUGCUUACUAUGAUCCGGCGCGGCAAGAUCAGAGAUGUGAAAUGCCCAUACCACCGAGGUGUUCUUGCAAAUUUUCAAGAAGUACUAGGGAAGAAUCCGCUACUGUGGCUCUGGCCACAGCCAAUGCUCGGAGACGGGUUGUACUUUAAGGUCCGACGGGACAACCCUAGCGAUCUGCGGGAUCCAUCGCUUUCGGAGGAGGAGGACGGAAUGUCAUCGUCAUCUUCGCGUUCGCCACAUUCGAUGCUGUGGGCGCGCCCCUAUGAUGGUUCUAAUAAUCCACGAGAUGAUGAAAUGGUUUGACCGUAGUCUCCUAGAAGGAUUUAUGAGUAUGAACGUGCGCGUCUAGAACCGCAAAACCGCAAGAUAUACCCUUUACCCUCUAUUUUAUUUAUUACAAUAAAAUAUCACUGAUCGUCUUGAAUAAC